CCGGUUCAGUCUUCCUCCAGUGUGUGUUGGUGUGUAGGUCAUAGUUCUGUGUUGGUUUAUCUUCUUUUCUUUAUGUUUAGAAGUUAAAAUAAACCACAUGCACCUGCUUGUCACCCCACCCCCAGCAGCUCUCAUAGAUAGAAGGAGAGCCUGUUUCUGGAAAUGGCUCUAAUCCUCUUUAGAUAAAACAGAUCCUUCAUCCAAUCCCCUGCAACAAUCCUUCCUCCUAUCUCUGCUUGCCUCUCACCUCUAGAUCUGUUUUUUUAUGUUAAAGGGGAUUUUUUUUAAUCUAACUGAUCUGCGAUGCAAAUUAGACAACAGUGGAGAUAAGAGCAUUCUGCUGCCACUUUACAACUUUUAACAAACCAGCAGAGGGGAUAAAUGGAGCCAAUGCUUAAGCCCUGGUUUGAUGAGAAGUGACCUAAAAGAACAAGCAACAGAUGACGUUCCUGUAUGAUGGACUUCCAGCUUGACUUCCAAGAGUUCCUCUUUUUAUCAGGUUGCUCCAUAUGGCUUUAAAAUGUUCUGACUUGCUGGAAGUGGGAGAGCACAGAAGCUACAGGACACUUUUUUCCAGAUCUGAUGGAAGGCAUUCAGGAGCAAGAACAAGCAUGAACUGCAGGGAAGUUUGAAAACAGAGGAUGAAGAGCAAGACACUGGUAAUGAGGAAUGUGCUGAGAAUUCUGGGAUGUUUCUGCUUUUGGAUUAUGGCAGAGGCUCAAAUGAAGAUCCCACCAGAGACAGAUUAGCAGAGGCUGCAGAAGAUGCUGACCUGUACCAUGAAUACAAUGCUUCCAUGGAGUUUGAUUACUACAACUCCAUGCUGAUCAACACAGUGGAUGAAAAUGGGAACAAUGUGGACCUCGGUGGAGAGUUUUCCCUUGAAGAGAACGAACAUUUCAACAACUUGCCUGUGAACACCCAGCUGAGCAACAUCCAGGUUCCCACAAAUGUCUACAACAAAGAUCCGAACAUCCUCAAUGCAAUCUACAACUCUGAGGCUUUAAACGACGUCUUCAUCAGCAACUUCCAGAGAGAUCCCACACUGACCUGGCAGUACUUUGGGAGUUCCUUUGGCUUUUUCAGGAUCUACCCUGGUACAUCCAGGCGGCCACUUCUCCCAAAGAUAUCAUCAUUUUGGUGGACGUCAGUGGCAGCAUGAAGGGUCUGAAAAUGACCAUCGCCAAACACACCAUUAACACCAUCUUGGACACGCUGGGAGAGAAUGACUUUGUUAAUGUCAUCGCUUACACGGAUUACGUUCGCUAUGUUGAGCCAUGCUUCAGGGGAACUCUGGUCCAGGCUGACUUAGAUAACAGAGAGCACUUUAAGGUUUUGGUGGAGGACCUCAAUGUUAAAGGAGAAGCAAAAAUUAAGAAUGGCUUAAAGGAGUCCUUCAAGAUCCUGAAUGAGGUGAGGGUGAAAGGUCAGGGCAGCAUGUGUAACCAGGCCAUCAUGCUCAUCACAGAUGGCGCCAUGGAGGACUUUGAGUCUGUCUUUGAGGAAUUCAACUGGCCUGACCGCAGAGUGCGAGUUUUCACCUACCUGAUUGGCAGAGAGAUGACAUUUGCCCAGAACACCAAGUGGAUUGCCUGCAAUAACAAAGGCUACUACACACACAUCUCAACCCUGGCUGAUGUUCAGGAGAACGUCAUGGAGUACCUGCACGUGCUCAGCCGGCCAAUGGUCAUUAACCACGACCAUGACAUCAUCUGGACAGAAGCCUACAUGGACACUGUGCUUCCCAACACCAAAGAGCUCUUCUACACUAAGGCUCAGAGCCUUCUGCUCAUGACCUCAGUGGCUAUGCCAGUCUUCAGCAAGAAGAAGGAAACGCUGUCUCAUGGAAUCCUGCUUGGAGUGGUUGGUACUGACAUCCCGCUCAUGGAAGUGAUGAAGCUGGCGCCCAGAUACAUGCUGGGAGCACAUGGCUACGCCUUCCUCGUCAACAACAACGGUUAUAUUCUGGCUCAUCCUGAUCUUCGACCUCUGUACAAAGAUGGCAAAACACUGAAGCCGAAACCUAACUACAACAGUGUGGAUAUGACUGAGGUUGAGUGGGAAGAUACAGAUGAGACGCUGAGGACAGCCAUGGUGAGAGGAGAGACGGGCAGCGUUUCACUGAACGUCAGAGCUUCUGUGGAUAAAGGGAAAAGACCCAUGAACCUUGUCAAUAAUUAUUUUUACACCAACAUUGAUGAGACACCUUUCAGCUUUGGAAUGGUGCUGACGAAGGGCCAUGGAAGUCUGAUGAUUGUUGGAAGUGUUUCUGUGGAAGAAGGAUUGCAUGACCUGACCUCUCCUGACCUUAGUAUUGCAUCUGAGUGGACUUAUUGUGAGACAGACAUCGACCCCGCUCACAGAAAAUUCUCCCAGUUUCAAGCUGCCAUCCGAUACCUGCUGGGGAAGGAGCCCGAUCUAGAGUGUGACGAGGUGCUGCUACAGCAGUUGUUGUUUGAUGCCGUGGUAACAGCCCCGCUGGAGGCCUACUGGAAUACCUUGAUACUUAACGACAGGUUGGAGCCAGGAGUUGAGACGGCGUUCCUCGGGACUCGUUCUGGCUUGAUGCGGACCAUAAGAUACACAGGAACUGAGACCAGGGUUGCAAAGAAGUUCCUGACUCCUUCUGAUAAAGCCAACCUGUUCACCAUUGAUCACUUCCCUCUGUGGUACCGUCUGGCUGUGGAGAACACUCCUGGGAAAUUUUUUUACUACGCCGUCAAUGACAAAGGAGUGAAGUACGUUGUAGCGACCACAGCCGUGACGGUAACAUCUGAAGGAAGGACAGCCAUGGCUGGAGGCAUUUUGAGAGCCCUCCCUGAAGUGGGUCCUGAGAAAAGUUCCCUCUCCCCCCCCCACAAACCUCCAGUCCUACAUGUUGAGACACAGGCAGAAACGUGGUCUGCCUUUGCUUUUUUGGUGUCGUGUGAUAAUAAAUUCUUUAAAAAAUGAAAA